AUGGCGGACGAGGCCACCCGGCGCGUCGUGUCUGAGAUCCCAGUGCUGAAGACGAACGCCGGACCUCGCGACCGGGAGCUGUGGGUGCAGCGCCUCAAGGAGGAAUAUCAGGCUCUCAUCCGGUAUGUGGAGAACAACAAGAAUGCAGACACUGAUUGGUUCCGACUGGAGUCCAACAAGGAAGGGACUCGGUGGUUUGGAAAAUGCUGGUACAUCCAUGAUCUCCUCAAAUAUGAGUUUGACAUCGAGUUUGAAAUUCCUAUCACAUAUCCCACUACUGCGCCAGAAAUUGCAGUCCCUGAACUGGAUGGAAAAACAGCCAAGAUGUACAGGGGUGGCAAAAUAUGUCUGACUGAUCACUUUAAGCCUUUGUGGGCCAGGAACGUGCCCAAGUUUGGACUGGCUCAUCUUAUGGCUCUGGGGCUGGGUCCCUGGCUGGCAGUGGAAAUCCCCGAUCUGAUUCAGAAAGGUGUUAUUCAGCAUAAAGAGAAGUGCAUCUGA